CUGACGGAUCCUCUCCAUCUCUGUUUCCUCUCUGUAUCUCUUCUCCACUCCUUGAGGACUGUUUGCCCAGUAAGCAACACGUCUAUGGCGUCCAUCCGUCUGGUUUCCCACACCACCAUCCAUCUUCCGGAGAAGACAGAAAGAUCAAGAUGGGAACUAACAGUCACGGAGGUGGCCAUGCUCCCUCUGCACUACAUACAGAACGGCCUCCUCUUCCCCAAGCCCUCUACUGCGUUUGACGCCGUCGUUCAGCGCCUUCAGACCUCCCUCUCCCACUGCCUCCUCCAUUUCCCCUUUUUGUCUGGUCGGUUAGCCACCGAUGCUGAGACCACCAUUUUCGUCGAUUGCAACGACGCCGGAGCGCAGUUCGUCGCCGCCAAGGCUGACGGCCUGCACGUCUCCGAUUUGAUGAACGCCGUCGACGUCCCCCUCAUUGUCAGGUCCUUCUUCCCCAUGGACGGCGCCAUCAACUAUGAUGGGUACUCUCUUCCCCUUGUGGCGGUUCAGGUAACGGAGUUGGAGGACGGUGUCUUCAUAGGCUGCUCCCUCAACCAUGCCACAGCCGACGGCGAGUCCUUCUGGCACUUCUUCAACUCCUGGUCCGAGCUCAAUGCCGGCCGUGAAACCAUAUCGCGACCGCCAUUGAUGGAGCGAGACCAGAUCUACAAGGAGCUGGGCCAAGUCCGUUUCCCACUGUCUGAACACUGCAUCGAGCGGUUCAAACUGCCGGCAGUCCGAGAAAGAAUCUUCUGCUUCAGUGCCCAAGCCAUAGCCCGGAUCAAGGCCAAGGCCAAUGAGCGCUUGAAGCUGCAGAGGGGUGAGAUCUCAUCGUUGCAGGCACUUGUUGGGCUCAUGUGGCGGACCAUAACGCGAGCCCGAAAGAUCCAGGCUGACCAGACCACUGCCUGCAAGUUGGCAGCCGGGCUUCGAAAGAGGCUGGACCCACCUUUGCCCCGGGAGUACUUCGGCAGUUGCAUGCUAUUCUUCAUGACGGAGGCCAAGGUGGGUGAGCUGCUCGGGCAGGACCUGAAUUGGGCUGCCCGGGCGCUGCACGAGACUGUGUUGCGAGAAACAGCCAACAUGGGUCGGCAGCGGCUCAAGAACAUACAAUUGUAUGAUGCGAAUGCGUUUGAGUCGAGCAAUGUUCGGGUGGCCUGCUCCCCAUGGUUCCAGAUGUAUGCAAGCGACUUCGGGUGGGGGAAAGGGUUGGCGGUGCUCAGUGGGAGUGCCAACAAGUUUGAUGGCAAAAUUUCGGUCUUCCCUGGAAAAGUUGAGGGUGGGAGCAUCGAUCUGGAAGUCUGCCUUCUCCCUCAUGUUAUGGCUGCCCUGGAGUUGGAUGAAGAAUUAUUGGAUGUGCUCCUUCCUUCUUACUGAAAACCGGCUGGUUUGGAUUUCCUGUCCACCUGCGGGAUUCGGGUUGGCAUUAUAUUAUUACAUAUACAUGCGGACUUUGAUAUCUGAGCCAGAGAGAAUUUCUCUUUGAACUUUUU